GCCAGGAGGUUGAUCGGACAGCAGGGAGAUGAUGGGAAUAAUCUAAUCCCGGGGGGAUGGGCUGAUCUAACGGGCAAUAUCACGGAGCUUCACACUUGACAUCACAGCAUCCACCAUAUUCCGCUCGGAAGCGCAGGGAAGGACGCUUACAAUCCCGGCGGCGGCUGAAGGAAAGUGAAUCACGGGUCCGCAUCCAUCUGGCGUGAUGAGCCAAAACGCGAAGGGAGAGACGCGCGUUUCUGGAUCCAUCCGUCAGGCCGUAUAAUGGAGAGCUCCAAUGGCUCCGACACCAAACCUCAUCAUCAUUCUCAGGUGGAGAAGAAGAGGUUAAACCGUGCGCCGUCCCCUGCCAGACCCGUCCUGAAGGAUGUGCACUCCCGGUCGGCCAAACCAACCGUGCCAAAAUCACCCAAACUCGCCAAGCAGCCGGUAGCGUCUUUAAGCCGCAUCCAAAGGCGCACUGUCCUGGGCGCGAAGGACAAAUGCACACCUGCGAAAAGCAACCUCAAGCCCUCAGCUACAAAAAAGGCCGUUAAGGUCACUCAACAUGCAAUAUCGGAACCGAAACCGCCCUGCAAAGUGGUGGACACCGCGCCACAGGUCGCCAAAAGUAAGGGGAGGCUGGCCGCGCUGGUCCCGGGAUCCCCAAUACGUGUCCCCACCGGGCGGUCCGCUCAGACGGACAGCAGCUCGGAUUUGUCCGAUUGUCCGUCCGAGCCGCUCUCGGACGAGCAGAGACUCGUUCCGGCCGCCAACAGCGAUGCGGAGUCGGGCAGCGGCUCCGGUUCCAGCGAGCGCGGGGAGCAGGUGGCCGCGGAUAAUCCCGGGAUUCGGACGCGCAUGGCGGGAGGGGUGUCUCGGGGUUCACCUGUGUCAGGUGUGCACGCAGAGAAAUGUAAAGCGGAGAAAAGCGCACAACUCAAACCUGAGGGGAAGGAAAUGCUGCAAGAGGAAUUGUUAAGAGAGAUUGAAGACCUCCGUUCGGAAAAUGACUACCUCAAGGAUGAAGUGGAUGAGUUGCGGGCGGAGAUGGAAGAGAUCAGGGACAGUUACCUGGAGGAGGAAGUGUACCAGCUUCAGGAACUGCGCAGGGAACUGGACCGCUCCAACAAGAACUGCCGGAUCUUUCAGUACCGCCUGCGCAAGGCUGAACAGAAGAGUCUGCGUGUAGCUCAGACCGGACAUGUCGACGGAGAGCUGCUACGCAAUCUAGAGCAGGACCUGAAGGUAGCCAAGGACGUAUCCGUGCGUCUGCACAAUGAACUGGAAACGGUGGAAGACAAGCGCACGCGGGCGGAAGACGAGAAUGAGCAGCUCAGGCAAAAGAUCAUCGAGGUGGAAAUUUCUAAACAAGCCCUACAGAAUGAGCUUGACAGAGCCAAAGAGACUCCUUUGCGGAGACGAGUCAGCAGAGAAGCCUUCAAAGAUAAGAAGUCUUUUACUCAGGAGGACAGUGCAGACUUGCGCUGUCAGCUACAGUUUGCCAAGGAGGAAUCUGCCCUUAUGCGAAAAAAGAUGGCAAAACUGGGCCGCGAGAAAGAUGAACUGGAACAAGAGUUGCAGAAGUAUAAAUCGGUAUAUGGCGAUGUGGACAGCCCUUUGCCCCUGGCAGAAGUUACAGGUGGAGGCCCACACACCACCCGGGAAGCUGAGUUACGGUUACGGCUAAAACUGGUGGAGGAGGAGGCCAACAUCCUGGGCCGGAAGAUCGUAGAGUUGGAGGUGGAAAACCGUGGCCUCAGGGCAGAAAACGAGGACCUACGAUGUCAAUACGAGAGAGACUGCUUUGGCCGUGAACCCUUCUCUAGUGUUCCUACCUCACCGUACAGUGGCGAUGCACUGGAAUCUGCGAGUGAACUACGCCGCCACCUGCAAUUUGUGGAAGAGGAGGCAGAGCUUUUGCGGCGCUCCAUCUCUGAGAUUGAGGACCACAACAAGCAGUUGACCUCUGAGCUCAACCGCUUCAAAUUCGGGCCCAGCAGCCAAGGCGACAGGGAGUCAGAAGGGGCUGAAGGUGGAAGUGUUGGGUCACUAAAACCUGGCAAUGUUAGCGGAGGAGGUAAUUGCAUCACAGGAGGAGGGAGUACCCUACAAGAGGAGUUGAAAGCUGCAAGACUCCAGGUUAACGAGUUGAGCGGGAAAGUGAUGAAGUUGCAGUAUGACAACCGGGUGCUAAUCUCAAAUAUGCAGCGUUGCGACCUAGCAGCGCACCUGGGCAUGCGGACCAGUAGUCCACGUGAUAGCGAUGCGGACAGUGAUGCCGGGCGAAGGGAACCAAAUGAAGAGGAGACAGCAAGGCUUCUGUUGCUCCAUCCCAAACGGGAGGGACCUGUUGGUGGUGAAAGCGACUCAGAUGACUUGUUUGAGAAGACGGCUACAUCUGGAUUCGCCAGUGCUGAGAAACCCUCAGAUUUUGGUGACCUGGGAGCAGUCGGGUUGGCCCAACGUAGACGAGAAGACCGGGAGGCGCUUAACAACGUCAGACGUGAAGCGGAACGACUUGGAAAAACGGUAGAAAGGCUCAUCACGGAUACAGAUAUUCUGAUCCUGGAAGGUCACCUGGUUGUCUUGGGAGGGGAUCAUCUUGUGGAGGGUUCUGAGUCCAGGGGUGACAGGGACUCCACUGAAUCUAAACCCAACUCUCAGGUACUGGAUUCCAUCAACUCCCGCAUGAGGGCUUUCAGGACAGAACUCCAGCUUUUCAUGGAUAAAGUGGACCACCUCAGGGAGGGCUUAAGGGACCGUGCCGAUGACCUCUCCCCCAUGCCUAACCUCACCGAAUCCAGCAGCUUUCUGUCCACAAUCACGUCCAUGUCAAGGGAUUCGCCCAUCGGAACACUGGGAAGAGAUCUGGUGACGGACUUUCAGUACGGGCGAAGGGAGGAGCACGAGUGGUGUCUAGACCGGCAGAGUGGCCCGGAGGCGAAGGGGCAGGGCAGCGCCAAGGGGCCCGUCAUGCCCAGGGCGGCCCUUGGACUCAGUAGAUACACCAAGCACAACAGUUUCAAACCCGAGUGUUGGGAUGUUGAGACUGCUGUUCUGUGUUCUGAUGGGAUCCAGUUCCGUGACCCAGCCCUGCCUGAGCUGGCAACCCCUAGCAGGGAAAUGCAACUACAUCUGGACCAAGAGAGGAGGCUGAGACCUGUACAGGAGGAGAGAGAAAGCUUGACUUCUGCCAUCUCUCAGGAGGAGGAGAGGAGGCGCAUGGAAACUCGGAGAGGACUAGAGUUACAGGGGCUUCAAACUCAUGAGCCAACAUGGCCACAGGAAAGAGUCUUGCUGCUACAGGAAGUUAGGUCAUUCCACCAUAACAUUGUCAUCGUCUAUAUGAAGCUGCGCUGGAUUCUUAUGCACUGGAGGCUCGGACGCAGGAUGGACACCGGAGAAGAUGGCGCAAACGCAGAGUAUGAGCGGUUGGAGAACAUUCCAGAGUUGGGCCUCAUGAUCGAGCAGGGUGAUGGCGAGACAGAGAGGGACGAUCAGAGAGUGUGUACCCAGAUCACAGGAAGUGAUAUCACAGAGCCUGAUGCACUCCUGCUGUCUCUAGAAAGAUUUCAAUACCAGAAACAGGCGGGUAAUAGUCGACGAGUGUUGCACGCCCUGCGCUCUCUGCUGGAUGAGCUCAGGGUGGAGUUAAGCGAGGAGGCACAGCGGCGCUGGCAGCUGCAGCAGACACUAUCCAAUGAGAGAGCAGCAUGUGAAAUCCAGCGGACCGAAAUGGGGAGUCACGUCGCCAAGUUGCAGGAGGCGAGAGGUGAGUCUGCAGAUGCAGCUGAAGGUGCAGUCACUGCAGAUGUUCUUCAGCAGGAACGGGAGGAACAGCGCCGCCUGCUGGCGGACAGUCACAGCACGGCACUGGAGCUGCGCUGGAAACUGCAGCAUGGAGAGAAGCGCUGGAGCCGCGAGAGGAAUGAGCUGCUGGAGCAAUUCGAGAGAGAGAAGCAAGAGUGGAACCGCAGCAUACGGGAGAUGCACCGCAAGAUGGAAAAGAUGCAGAAAGAUCUUCCGCACCAUCAUUCUGAAUGUGGUUUUCAGUCUGAAGGAGGCGCAGCGCGUAACUUCUCCCCUCAGGAGAGCCCUUGUAAGGCUUCAAGAUCUCCACGCUCCCCCUGCACUGCCGCACACACACGCUCUCACUCCGACUCUGAGGCCACACUGGAGCAGAAGGGAGUGGCGGGGAGACCCAGACCCUGUGAGGGGCCCUGGCCCCCAGAGAGCCUGUUCCUGGAUGCCCUGUCACUGGACCCUCUAAGAGAGGCAGAGGUGCCCCCUCCAUCACGACUGGAGAGUGAGAAGCGGUUCCCCUGCAUGAAGGAAGUAAGAGACAGAGCACUUAAUGAGAUUUCUGAGAGCGCAGAUUCUACUGUUUAUCCUGAGGAAGAGAAAAGCAGCGGCAGCUUACUCAGGGCAAAGUCAGUUUGCUCCAUGAGUGACUUCCAGCGUUUGAUGGACAGCUCCCCUUUCCUACCAGACAAAAGCAAGGCUGGAGAGAGUGGGUGGGAUGAUGUGACUCCUCCCCUUUCUCCAGACGACCUCAAGUACAUUGAGGAGUUCAAUAGUAAGGGUUGGGAUCUAACCACCAGCUCCCUGUUCGCUUGCCCCAUUCCUGGCCCAGUAAUACCUCCUCCAGUGAUGGAGGCUUGGGCGGACAGGGCAGAAUCCCGUAGGGUUGAGUCCACUUCAGAAGCAUUCCAGUCAGCCUCCUGGUACAUGACCACCAGUGCUACCUUGACCACAAACACCAUGAGUAGCCCUGAGUACUGCCAAAAGCUCCCACUCAGGGCCACCCAAGGGGCCGAGCAGUUUGGAGUCCAUGUCUUACACAGUCCUGCUCGAGGGGAGCGGUCCACUCCAGGCCCUCCUGAGCAGGAGUACAUGUUCUCCAAAGUGACCAAAGUAAAAGCAGGGGACAUGGUAGGAGGUGCAGAGGAGGUGUUUGGAGGAAGGUGGCCGUGUGAGUUGAGGACUCAUUUGGAAGCAGGAAUUCAGCCUGGAGAACGACCAUCACUUUGCGCUGAUGUAGGUUAUACCUCAUCGCUAGAACUGGAGCUGUCCCGCAACCUGAGCGACGACAUGAAGGAAAAGGCUUUUUCUGCCCGGAACACCAUCCGAUCAUCUUCAGCUUCUGGAUCCAGUCCUCCGGAAAGGCAGCUACACGAUAUGGCAUGCCAGACGAAUGGUUUAACCACGCGGGGGACGCAGACGACCCAGACUAACAGCAUUGGACUGCAAACCGAGGGUCAUCGCACCCUUACCAGCAGCCCGCACCGAUGUCUAACGCCCAAAGGAGGGUCCACCCCCAUCUCGUCCCCGUCCCGCAGUCUAAGAAAGAUGCAGUACUCUCCAGUCGUGCAGGCCAAGUUUGAACGGCCCUGCUGUUCACCAAAAUACGGCUCACCCAAGCUCCAGCGGAAACCCUCUACCAAUACCACCAAAACUGAGCCACCCCGUACUCCUACCCCAAAUACCGCCACCCAGCAGCAAAAAGGCAACAGUGAAUCCGCCUGGGCGCGUUCCACAACAACCAGAGAUAGCCCAGUCCACACCACCAUCAACGAUGGCCUUUCCAGCCUGUUCAACAUCAUUGACCACACGCCCAUCGCUUAUGAUCCCAUGCAGAAGUUCAACAAGUCCCCUAGUCGCUCUCGUCCCAUUGAAGCAGGUUCUCAGGGACCCACAGAUCCCAUAUCACCCAGUAUUUGUGCCGAAAAGGGGCCUUUGAGGAACUCUCGGGGCCGGUCCCCAAGUCCAGUGCAGCUGAUUGUGGAAGCCCAGGGCGAGAAGACCCCAGACGUGUUUAAUAUCAGACAAGAUCUGUCUGCACCACCGGGCUACACAUUAGCGGAAAACACAGCACGGAUUUUGAAUAAGAAACUUUUGGAGCAGAGCUUCAGAGAGGAGAGGAGGCUUUUGGCUUCAAACACAGGUGCUCAGAACAGAACCGGAGACUCGGAGAAGCCCGGAUGUCUUGAGGACUUGCCACGUUCUCCAGUGGCUCCACCUCUGGAAUCCUGCUUCCUGCGUCCGGCUCGCCCUGCAAACCGCCGCCCGCCUUCCCGUUGGGCAGCCCACUCCCCAUCAUCCUCACCCAACUACAACAAUCGCACAGAGAGGUUCCGCUUUCCCUCGCCCAUCAGACCAAUUCGGGCCAUCCCAGAGAUAGAAGAGCCCGGUCUGGAGGUUCCUCUACACCCGGUCUGAGCUCAAACCUCAACCAGCCUAGACUACAUCCUUCUACUUUCAUAUUGCAUUUUCUUCUGUUUGUCCUUUCCUUUAACUUUGAACUGUCUCUCUGUUUUCUGGGAUGCUGUGAUGUAGUUGUUAAAGCUCAGGGCUGGUAA